AUUCCCCAAACAACACUCCUGCCCCCUCUCGCCGCCGGCUGCCCUCGCCCUCUCGCCAUGGACAGCGACGGCGACCCCCACCCUCAUACUCCUAACCCCGCCGAGGAGAAAGCGAGGAAAAAGUCGAUCAAGAGAGCGAGGAAGAGAGAGCUCCAGAAGCUGAAGCUCCAGCAGGGACCCAGUGAGCUACACAAGGAGGAUCCCCAAAUCUCCCCUCCCGGUGCCCUCCUUCAAACUCCUGCUCUCCGUCUGGCGGCCUUUCUCAAGAUAAAGCAGGGACCCAGUGAGCUGCACAAGGAGGGCCGCCCUGAAACUUCUGGUCCUGCCAUCGGGGAGCAAGCGGGGUCACCCGCACCCGAAGGAGCUCGUGUUCGCCAGAGUGUUCUCUACUCAGGUCGCCCCAGGCGAUCCAACCGAUCUACAAGGGUUGAGGAGCAUGUCAGAGAGGUGAGCAGGGAGUUUGAAACAUUGACAUUGGAUCAAUCACCUCCACCUGACUCAACUAACAGGGUUAAUAAGCAUGACAGCGAGGUGAGCAACAGGGAGUUGGAAGCACGGGCAAUACAUCAAUCACCUCCGAAACUUGACUCAACUCCUAGCAUCGAGGAGUAUGCCCUUGAGGUGAGAGCACUGAAACUUUCUCAGUCACCUCCUACACUUGACUCAACUCACAGGUCCGAGGAAUGUGCUUAUGACACUACCAACAGUGAGACUGGCUCUGAAAUUGUUGAGGAGAAGCCCCCCAAAAAAUCAGUCCCUUGGGUAUACAGACCGGUACGCUUUGACAUCCUGGAGGCUUUGAUUGGCCAUUCACAUGGCUACAGCAACCCGGUCCAGCAUAAACUGGAUGCUCAGAAAUUGUGGGAAUCAGGAAAGGAAUUUGUAGCUGCUAAAGCAUCAGAGUCUGUUGCCUCUCCGACAGAAAAUCUAGCACAGGGUGAAGCAUCAACAAAGGAGAUAAUUGAGAAUGGUAAGAAGUGGAUGGGCAAGGAAGUUAUGUUGGCUUUUGAGAAAUACAUUGAAGGAAAGAAGCAAUUCAAAGACAUGUUGUAUUGCUUCGAUGAGAUUAAAUACCAGUGCUUCAGUGUGGAGAGCUACAACCAUAUAUUUCAUCACUUCAACUUCACUGUGAAGAUGAAAAAGAUUUCAGAUGACCAGUGGUCAUUGACACCUUUUUUCGCUGAAGUGAAGGAGAUCUAUGGAAGAAAGCACAGUUCAUGCUACAAACUACAUUCAUAUGAUGAUGGUCACUGCUACGCGUGCAAGAAUCAAGGGAUGCAUGCACUGCAGCACCCUAUUUUGGGGAUCGGGUAUGAGGGUGGCCAUGCUGCCAUGGGGCCCCCCUUUGUUUAUUUUAAAGAUGAUGAUUACUUUGAUUGAGUGUUGAUGGUGUAUGUAUGCCGAGUGGACUUGACCUCCAAUGCGUGAAAGUAACAAGUCUUGUGUGCGAGGCCUCGGCUACGGAGUUAAUGAUUUGUCUUGGUGUUCCGAAUUUGGUUUUGAGAUACAUACUGACACUGGUGUGUGUAUGUCUAUCUCAUAAAUUUAUUUAUGGUUUUUCUUAAA